GUGGCAUGCUGCUGGAGGAUGCCAUUGACGACCACGAGGACCACGAGGACCAGCAAGCUUAUGACCAAGGGUACCAGAAUGGACAGGACAACAACGACUACGGUGGUGGCGGCGGCGGCGGCGGCGAUUUUGGAGGCGGCGAUGACUUUGGCGGCGGCGAUUUCUAAAUCAGCCAGGGAGGUUGAGAGGGACAAGCUUCACAUGAUGUAAUGAUAGUCUAUGUCCUGGCGUCCUGAUUCCUUCCCUUUCUUCCCGUCCUUUUUUCUUCUUUUCCUUACCCUUCUUGAAAGGGUAAGGGUACCACUGGCAUCUGCAAGCAUUGAAUUGUCAAACACGAAAAUAAAAAAGGGAAACGGAUCUUCGUCG